CAGCCACUACAAUAUUAAAAGUUCCGGUGGGAGAAGAGGAGCGGACAACAUUGUAAACAAAUCCGCUCUCUCCAUAAAUAAAUACGCGUGACAAGGUGGCAAGUUUUGAGCGUGGUAGUGAUACAUCAUCCGCGCGAGUACAAGCAUGUGACGUCAUCAGUGUGGGAAACGAGGGAAGAGAAAUGGGUGCGCGCGUCGCUUCACUGCAGGGGAAUAUUGACUUCUUACAAAAGCAGCAUAGAGAAACGGAGAAAUUACACGGGCAAAUAGAUCGUUUAAAACGGGAAAAUAAAGAGUUGCAGUAUAAGCUGAUAAUGGACCUUCCAAAGUCGAGUAGUAAAGGAUCCAGCCGUAGAAUCUGUAAGCACCAUACAGAGAGCAACAAGUUCCAGAGAGACAGAAGGAACUGUUUGGAACAGACUUUGGAGGAAACCUGCUCACAACAAGCCACAGAGAUUAGCAGUCAUUUACAAAGUAGAGAAACCAGAUCCAAUUCCUUCACAGCCAACAGAACGGAAGGUCCUUCAGAAGCUAAAGCAGGGUUCAUCACUUCUCUACAGCCUCUAAUGAUCCAGUGUAGCCCCUCUCAGGUUCCUCGACCUCCCACCCUACAGGAAUGUGAAGUCAUCAUACGCCAGCUAUACAACGCUAACAGCCUGCAGUCCCAGGAGAUCCUACGCGUGAAAGCUGUUCUCAAAGACAUUGUAUUCAACAAGAAAAUAACAGCAGAAAAUUACAUUUUGACAAAGGCUUAUCUUGGCGAUGGUAAAAGAGUUGAUGAAUCAGGCACAUUUCCUCAGCUUUCUCUCCAAACACUGCCUGAAGGACUACCUGUGUCUCAGGCUAGUAAAGCAGAGAAAGUGAUCCUCCCUGCCCUCAAACAGACCCUCAAUAACAUAGCAGAUAGACACAGGAGGACUCGGGCUGUGCAGAGAAAUCGUCUACAGAAGACUAUACACUGAAGGACCAGUUAUGUGAUUACAUGA